AGAGGCUUUUUCACUCCACUGCGUUUUCACGUCGAACCAUGGCGAAAGCAAAAACGAAGAAGUUUGCUGCGAUGAAGAGAAUGAUUAAUCUGAAAGAUAAUAGACUAAAGGAGAAGGAUCGUUCUAAAGCAAAAGAGAAAAAGAAGAAAGAUCCAUCUGCACUGAAGGAAAGAGAAGUGCAAAAGCAUCCUUCAUGCCUCUUCUUCCAGUACAAUACACAGCUUGGUCCACCAUACCACAUUCUAGUCGACACCAAUUUCAUAAACUUCUCCAUCAAGGCAAAACUGGAUAUUGUGCAGUCUAUGAUGGAUUGCCUGUAUGCCAAAUGUAUCCCACAUAUCACAGACUGCGUGAUGGCUGAGAUUGAAAAGCUUGGAAUGAAGUACAGAGUUGCACUUAGGAUAGCCAAAGAUCCGAGGUUUGAGCGCCUACCGUGCACCCACAAGGGAACAUAUGCUGAUGACUGUUUAGUGCAAAGAGUGACACAGCACAAGUGUUAUAUCCUUGCCACUGUGGACAGAGAUCUGAAGAGAAGGGUCAGGAAGAUCCCCGGGGUCCCCAUCAUGUACAUCUCAAACCACAGAUACAAUAUUGAGCGGAUGCCUGAUGACUAUGGUGCACCAAGGUUUUAAUAUUCCUACAACUGGGACAGAGCUGUAAAUAGACGGAGGUUUCUUGUUGAAUGUCACUUUUCCUUUAUGUAAUUCAAAGAUGGUGUGAGGUUUUGAUUUGGCUUGGUGGGCUGUGUUUGAGCAAACUGAAAAUAACUUUAAGUUUUCAUAUUCCAUUAAAACAUUUUGUGACAAGAAUAAA